AGUACUUGUAGUAUUGCAGUAUUUAACUUAUUUUACUUACUAUUUAACAGGAAAUAUAGUAAGGAGAACAUCUGAAGUUCUGGUUCUGACCCGGUUCUGUCAGUCAGCCUGCUGUAUGUUAAUGAAUGAAUAUUUUCUGAACACUUUGAUUGAACCUGAUCAAUAAUCAAUAAUCCUCAAGUAUUUCACUUCCUGUGACAUUUGUGUGGGCGUGGCUUCGCGGUGGACACGCCCACAGCUGAUUCAAUAAAAUUAAUUAAUUAAAAUUAUUCAGAUUUGAUUCUGACAAACUUACAACACGUUUAUUUAUUAUUAUGUUUAUUAUUAUUUAUUAAUUAUUACAUUUUUACAUUGCACAUAAACUUUGAACUGAUAGUAAAACUACCUCGUUACUUCGGUAUUUUCCGGUACUUUCCGGUUCGGGUGUUUUUUUCACCCCGCCCCCUCCUUCUCCUGUAACCUGACCCCUUGUUGUCAUGGUGACCUGAUCACUAACGAGCCCGCUUCAGAUCGUGUUCUGUGUCGGUUCGGUGAGUCUGUUAAUCAUCUGUGGGGGUUCUGGAGGAUCCUCCUCCGGCCCCCCGCCCCCCCUCAGCAGCCGGAUCUACUGCUCCUCCUGCAGUCCUGCUCCGGUCCUGCUCCGGUCCUCCUCUCGUCCGGUCCUGCUCCGGUCCUGCUCUCCUCCGGUCCUGCUCCGGUCCUGCUCUCGUCCGGUCCUGCUCCGGUCCUCCUCUGGUCCUGCUCCGGUCCUGCUCCGGUCCUCCUCUCCUCUGGUCCUGCUCCGGUCCUGCUCCGGUCCGUACCGCCAUGCCGAACCGACAGAAGCAGGUCCUGUUCUCGGUGUCCGGUCUGUUCGGGUUCUCGUGCGCCCUGACCGCAGCCGUCGCCACCGGACUGCCGUUCUGGCUGAACGGAACCGUGCUGUGCCGAACCGGAGCCGAGCUGGUCAACGCCACCGGAGCCGAACUGGACCUGUUCCUGGGAGAGCUGAAGCUGGGCCUGUUCCACGGACAGAGGGUGAAGCAGUGCGGCCUCGGAGGGAGGCCGACCCGGUUCUCAGUCUUCCCAGACCUGCUGAGCGUCAUCCCAGCAGGCCUCCACGUCACAGUGAUCUUCUUCUGUGGUGUUGUGAUUCUCUUCUCCUCCGUGGCCACCGGCUUCUUCUUCUUCAACGCCUUCGGGCGUCCCUACGAGACGCUGCAAGGACCCAUGGGACUUUACCUGUGGACCGCCAUCUGCUGUCUCGGCAGCUGUCUGGUUCUGGUUCUGUUUGCAUCGGAGGUGAAGAUUCAUCGUCUGUCCGAGCGGAUCGCCAACUUCAACGAGGUGCACUACGUCUACCAGACGUACAGCGAGCACUAUGAGUGGUCCUUCUGGCUCUUCUUCCUCAUCUUCCUCCUCCAGGGACUCAACAUCCUGUUGAUCCGGUUGGCCGGGAUUGAGUUUCCCUUCCAGGACAGCAAAGAAUUGGACCUGAGUGGGGGGGCGGCUGACCUCAUGUACUGACCUGAUUUGACGGGUCAGAGAGAUUGAAGAACCCGCCACGGUCCAGAGUGACCCGUCUCAACAUUCACCACUUCCUGUCUGAAAAACACACAAAACAUCAACAGAACUGUGAACAGAACCAUCAACAGAACCAUCAAGUUCUGACGUUAGAGACAACACGGAGGGGACUCUGCAACAAUGAGGUCGUUUUUUGCCUGGGUUCAGGUUCUGGUACCGCGGGGCUAACCCCACCAGACCACGUUCAGGCCUUUGGACCUCCCUCUCGCUUCUCUCCAGAACCUCCUGCAUCUUCAUAGUCUCUGGAGUCAGAGUUCUGGUUGGAACUGUCGUAAUGCUGAGUCCAGCCUGUGCUAAUGAUUCUUUAAGUUUGAAGCUAACGAGUUUUAAUUAAUUAAACUGAUUAAAGUCGAUCAGAUGUUACAGCCUCAUUAGUUUGUUUCUAACGCUUUAUAAACAUUUGUUGAACAUUAAAAGGUAUUUUCAAACAGAUCUGAGGUCA